AAGAAGAAAACAAGAUCCACCUCGAUCAACCACCCCCCACCCCCAACCCCACCCCCUCCUUUGUCUCUCUCAGAAACCCAUUCUCGAUGGUGUUCUUGAUUCUCAUGGCGGAUUUGAUUGCUUGAAGUUAAUAAUCCCUAGUUUUCAAAUCCCUAGAUUUCGCACUCGCAUCUGCCCUAAUUGCUCCUCAGUUCAUCAAUUUUGUGUCGCGGUUGCUGUUUCUUAGUUCGAUUUGGUGUUUGUGAUCUUCCAAUUGCCGAAAUUUGGGCAGAGUUUUUGGGAUACCCAAUUUUGCAGAAGAAUCCCUAAUUUUGCGAAGAAGAUGAGGGAAGAAGAUUCCAAUUGGUUCUCCAAAUGGGAAGAGGAACUGCCAUCGCCGGAGGAACUGAUGCCGUUAACCCAGUCGUUAAUUACCCCCGAUCUAGCCAUGGCUUUCAACAUUCCGCCGCCGAGCCACACGACGCCGCCUCCUCCGCUACCGCCGCACCAUCAUCAUCCUCUGCCGCACCACCAGUCCACCGGCCACUCCUCCCAACCCAAUUCCUCCGCCGAAUUCGACUCCCCCGAACUCAGCGGUGCAGCCGGCGGCGCCACCGGCCCCGGCUCCGACGAGCCGGCUCGCACCCUGAAACGCCCCCGGCUCGUGUGGACCCCGCAGCUCCACAAACGGUUCGUUGACGCCGUCGCCCAUUUGGGCAUAAAAAACGCCGUCCCCAAAACCAUUAUGCAGCUCAUGAGCGUCGACGGCUUGACUCGCGAGAACGUCGCCAGCCAUUUGCAGAAAUACCGCCUCUACCUCAAGCGGAUGCAGGGGAUCUCCAACGGCGGCGGAGCAGCCGCCGCCGCCGCCGCCGCCAUGCCGGACCCCGCUACCGACCACCUCUUCGCCAGCGGCCCUGUCCCCGCCCACUUCCUCCAUCCCGCCCGGGCCAAUUCCGACCAUUUCUUCGUCCCUGUGGCCGCCGCCGCCGCAAUGCCCCACCACCACCAGCAGAUGGCAGUUCUAGGAGCCCCCCCGCCUCCGCCGGCGCCCCACCACCAUCAUCCCCAGCUGCAACAGCAAUUCCGGCAAUUCAACGGGCAAUUCGACCAUCCAUUUAUGAGGCAAUCCCAGAGGAUCCCAAUUGGGCCGACCGACGACGUGGAGUCGGGGACCAAUGCCCGGAAGGUUCUGACAUUGUUCCCAACCGGCGAGGAUUGAGGCGAUCCCCAUGGUAAAGAUUGGGUCUUUGGAGCGAUGUUAUAUGUAUUUUGUUAAUUAAUGAAUGAAUGUAGAACAACAUACAUACAGACAUACAUACAUACCUACUUAGCCCUUUUCUAUUCUUCAUUUUUAACCUUGUGUUUUCUUAGUCGCUCUUGCCAUUUCUUGAAUUGAUAGUACUCUUUACCUUUGUUCUUAUGUUUGUUUCCAUUACUAACUGCUUUUGUGACUAGGAUGCUUAUCCCUUGUUUCUUGAUUUAACUUUGAAUUAUGGCCAUCGGAGUUUUCUGAUUUU